AUGAAUAAAAUGAAGAAUCGACAAAAGAAAAAUUCAAAAGAUUCUAAUUUAAUUAACAAAAAUAAAAAAAUAGUAACCAAUUUAGUAGAAAAAAAAAAAAAAAAUUUAAAUAAUACUGAUAAUGAAGAAUUGAAUAAAACCAAAAUAGGAAAUACAGAUGAAUCAAUGAUAAAAAGAAAUGAAAAAAUUGGUGAAAUGAAAAACGAAAAAUUACAAAAUAAUAUGAAAUACUCUAAAAUUGACAAUAAUAAAAAUAAGAGUAUACAUUUAAAUAGUAAAAUAAAGAAUGAUAAUUCAAAUACAAAUGAUAAAAAAGAAGUUAUAAGAAAUAACAUAAAUGAUUCAAAAAAAAAUAAAAAUAUAAAAGCAAAGAAUAAUUUUAAAUUAGGUACUAAAAAAAUUGUAAGAGAAGGUGAAGAAAAAAAGGAAAAAACGAAUUUCAGCGAUGAUUCAAAGGAAAAAGGAGAAAAAAAUGAUAAACAUCUCAAAAUAAGUAAUAAGUUAAUUUCAAAAAAUAAAGAUAAAAAUAAUAAAUUAAAAAAUAACAGUAGUAAUAGUAAUAAUAAUAAUAGUGAUGAUAAUAAUAGUGAUAAUAAAAAUAAUAAGAAUAAAAACAAUAAUAAUAAUAAUAAUAAUAAUAAUAAUAAUAAUAAUAAUAAUAAUAAUAAUAAUAAUAAUAAUAGUAAUAAUAAUGGUAAUAAUAGUAAUAGUAAUAAUAAUAAUAUAAAUAAUAAUAAAGAUAAUAGUAAUGAUAAUAAUAGUGAUAAUAAUAAUAAUAAUAUUAAAAGUAAUAAUAAUAAUGUUAAUAGUAAUAAUGACGAAAAAAGUAAAAGGGGCACAGAAGCAAAUUCAUCAAAGGAGUUGAAAAAAGAAAAUUUGAAUGAUAAAAAAAUUUUUUUAAGGAAUUUAAGAAAAAAUGUAAAUGGGAAUGAGAAGGAAAUAGAUAGCAAGAAAAGUUCUGAUAAUGUUAUAAAUGAAAAAAAAGAGAAAAAAGAUAGUUUAUCAUCAAAUAUGAAAGUUUCAUUAGUUGACAAAAAAAGUAAAAAUAUAAAAAAAAGUAAUGAAAAUUUAAAUGAAUCAAUGAAUAAUAGCAUCAAUUCAAAAGAGGAAAAUACAAAAACACUUAACAAUAUUGAAUCAAAAAAAAAUGCUAAAUCAGAUAGCUUGAAAAAAAAGAAAAUUGUAAAUAGAAAUAGUGAAAAUGAAGAAACAGAAAAUGAUACUGCUUUAGAAGAAAAAGAAAUAGAAAAUAAAAAAAAUAACACUAAAUCAACAAGAAAAAUAAGUGAAAAUGAUACCAACAUAAAUAAAAAAAAUAGUAUUGUAGAAAAAAAAAAAGGGAAUAAUAGUGAUUAUGAUGUAAACGAGCGAAUUUCAAAAAGAAAAAAAAAAUUAAAUAACGAAGAUGAUGAAAAUGAGACAAAUAAUUCUAAAAAAGGUAAACUUUUAUUAAAUAAUAAUAAAAAAGAAGAUAUAAAAAAGAAUCCAAGUGAACAAGAAAAAGACAAAAAUAAUACAGAAAAUGAUGUAGAACUGUCGACAGAAAAAGAAUCAAAAAAAAAUAAAAAGAUAUUUAUUAGUAAAAAUAAAAUAAAGACAAAAAUAAAUAAAAAAGAUGAAAAAGAAAAUGAUGAAGAAGAAGAUGAAGAUGAUGAUGAAGAUAAAGUAAAAAAUAAAAUUGAAAAUUCAAAGAAAAAAAAAACUAUUAAUGAUAAAAAGAAAAAAGAUGAUAAAAGUAGGGAUAAAAAAAGUUAUUUUAAAUCUAAUUAUGAACAAGUAAAAAAUGGAAGUAGAGAAUUGCAAAAGAAAAAAGAUAAUAUUGAAGAACAUGAAAAUGAAGAAAAUAAAAAAAUAGUAACAAAAGAAAAAAAAAAUGUUAAAAAUGAAAAUGUUAAUGGUAUUUGUGAAAGUAAUCCAAAAGUUAAAGAUAAUAAGGAGUGUGAUAUUGAAGCAAAAAAAAAUAGUAUAGAAGAAAAAGAGAAAAAAAGACAAUUAAAAGAAAAAUUUAUUAAACAAAUGAAAUUACCUAAAUAUGCUGAUGACGAAUCUAUAUUAUUCAUUAAUAAUCCAAAUUAUGUUAUGGUUCUGUUAUUUUUAACUAUAUUUAAAGAUGUUUUAAAAAUUAACUGGAAUUUCAAGGAUAUUGAUGAGAUGUUUCAGAAAAAAGAAACAACAGAAUUUGGUCGAAAUUUUAUUUUAAAAUUGUUUUUUUUCUUAGGUAGAUAUUUUAAUUCUAAGUCUAUUUUUAUGUAUAAAUAUAUAUCUAGGAUAUUUGAAGAUAAACGUUCAUCUUUAGUUAGAGUAGUAAAUUUUGAUGAAUUGUUUCCAGUUUUAGAAUCUAAGAAGGAAAUGAAAAGCAGUUUAGGAAAUUCUAAAAAGAGAAGGGAUAAAAAGAUUAGAAAAUUAAAAAAUGAAACAAAAUCUGAUGAAUUAUGUGACGAAGAAACUGUAGAAAAUGAAGAUAUAAAUGAUUAUGAAGAUGAAAAUGAAGAGGAGGAUGAAGAAGAAAAUGAAAAUGAAGAGCAUGAUGAAGAAAAUGUGAAUAUUCAGAAAGAGAGAGAUGAUGGAUUAGUAAUAAUGGAAGAAGCAGAAGAAAAUGAAGAUAUCGAAAUGGAUGAAAAUAAAAAUAGGAAUGAUUCUGCCAGCAAAAAUUUAAAAAUUGUCUCUUUUAAUAAACAAAUGGAGUCAAUUGAGUGCUCUGUUGAGCAAUCCAAUAAAAGCAAAGAGAUAAAUAAAAAUAUUACACAAGAUAAAAAUGGAGAAAAUAAUAAGUUGAAUAACAUUAUAAAACAAGAAGAUAACACUAAUAAUUUGAAAAUUACAAAAGAUGUUGAAAAAGAAAAAGAAAAUGAUGAAGAAAUGAUUGAAAACACUGAUUUGAAAAAAGAAACUCAAAGUAGUAAUCAAGAUGAAAAGGAAGAAAUAUUAGAAUAUGAAAAUAAAGAAAGCAAAGAUGACAAAGAUAAAAAUGGCAAAAAUGAAAUAAAUAAAAAUGAAAAUAACAUAAGUGAAAAUAAGAAAAAUGAAGAUGAAAAUGAAAAAAAUAAGAAUGAAAGUAACAAUGAUAAAAAUGAAGAAAUUAUUGAUGAAAAUAGUUUAACUAAAAAAAUAUUUUUAGAAUGGGACGAUUUAACAGUUAUAUCAAAGUUAAGAAUUGUAAGAAUGCUCUUAAAUUUAGUUCUCUGCCAAAGUAAUAAUUUAAAAAAAAUGUUGAGUAGUCAAAAAAUUGAUUAUAACAAUGGAUAUUUGGGUAAAAUAAAUAAUGAUAAGUAUUGGUUCAUAUUUAAUGAUACUAUAAAUAUUGAAUUUAAAUUAUAUAUUGAAAAGGAAGAAACAGGAGUUUUUGAAUUCGUAUGCGAUGAUGACGAUGUUUUAUAUAAUAUAGGUAAUAAUCUUUUAAAAGAUGCUAAUACUAAAGAUAUUGGUGAAACAAUUAUUGAAAAGCAUAGUAAAAUAUGUAGAGAUAAAAGAAAUAGGAGCAGAAUGUUGAAGCAGCAGAAAAAAUUACUUGCUGAUUUUAAUAUAAAUGAAUCGUUAAUUACUUCAAAAAAGAGGCAGCAUAAGCAAGUAGAGUAUUUUAGCUUUGAUAAUGAAAAUAUGAGAAAAAAGAAAAAUGAAAGUAUUAAUCCUUAUUCUUUACAAAAAAGUAAUUAUCAAAAAAAUGAUAGAUCCUUUAGAUUAGCUGCGAGAAAUGCUCAAAAAGGAAAUAUAAUGGAUUUGAAAAAUUGGAAAUCUAUUAAUGGUACCGAUGUUCUCGAAAAACAACAUUAUAUGGACAGUAGCAUUGAAAAUAGUGAUACAAUGAACGUUAUAGAUGAAAAUAAUGUUGUUAAUAAUAAAAAUAAUACCUUCUUAAAAUUAAAAAGUAACAUAAACACUUCUGUUAAUAGUAAUGUUAUUAAAGUCCCAUUAAAAAGAGGAAGAAAAAAAAAAUCCGAAAAAAAAAAAAGGGGUAGAAAAAAGAAAAUAAUUGAAGGAGUGGAUAAUAAUAAUUCUGUGUUAUUAGAGAAUAAAAAUAUUAAUGAUAAUAAAAAAGUUUAUAAUAGUACUAAGAUAAGAAAUAUGAGUUACACCAAAAGAAAUACAAGACCAAUUGUUUCCAUUAAAUAUGGGACAAGAAGUCAUACAACAAAUAAAUAUGAAAAUGAAAAAAUUCAAUUAAAUGAAUAUGACUUAAAUCAAAAUAAAAAAAAUGAAGACUUCUAUAAACAUAAUAUGGACUCAAAAUUUUAUAAUCCCAAUAUGAACACGAAUAAUUUUAUUAAUACAAAUAUGAGUAAUGCAUAUAACUUACAAAAUAAUGUUUUGAAUAUGAGAAAUAAUAAAUUAAAUAAUGGAGGAGGUUAUAAUUUACCUUAUAUGUGUAAUCCACAUUUAUAUAAUCAAUACUAUAUGUAUAAUGGAAAUAUGUAUAUGCUUAAUAAUAAUUCAGGAAAUAUGUUUAAUCAAAAUAAUUGUAAGGAUGUGAAAAAUGAUAAUUUAUUUAUGCCUCAGAACAUUUCAAAACAUAAUUUAAGAAAUGGUUUAGUUAAUAAUAAUAUGAAUAAUUUAAAUGUUAACAUGGCUAAUAGUAAAAGCCGUUUAAAUGGAAAUGGUACUAUAAAUAAUAUAAACAAUAAUAUGAAUAAUAUGAACAGUAAUUUGAAUAGUAACAUGAAUAAUAAUAUGAACUUAAUGAAUAAUAUAAAUAAUAUGGAAAAUACUAUGAAUAACAAUAUGAAUUAUUUGGAUCCUUUGAAUAAUAACCCUCUAAAUAAAUAUAAUGCAUAUUUGCUUAAUAGAAAUUCUAUAAAUAUCCCUAAUCCAUUAUAUAAUAAUAUGUAUAAUUUGAAAUUUCCUUAUAUGAAUAAUGAUAUGAUGAACUAUAAUUAUAAUUUAAACAAUUUUCAAAAUAUGAAUUAUGAUAAAAUGAAUAAAAAUAUGUAUAAAAGAUAUUCUAAUUUUGUUAAUUCUUAUCCUUACAAUAACAUAAAUCCAUAUAUGAAUUUUAAUUCUUAUAAUUUGAAUUAUCAAAGAAAUGAUCAGUUUAAUCAGUUUCCUCCAUCAAAUUUUAAAAAUAAAUUAGUGAAUCAAAAUAUUCCAAAUUAUCAAAUGUUUAAUUUAAAAAAUAAGAAUGUAAGUAACGAUAUUUCUAAUAUACAAAAUAAUGAAAAUUCGUCGGUAAAUAUUCCUUCAAGUGAUUUAAAUAAAAAUGAAGAUUUGCAAAGAAUUAAUAGUUUAAAUAACGGAAGCAACCCAACUUCAGAAAUGAAUAAUCUAAGUAAAGUUAAUGAUAAUAACAAUGAUAAGAAUAUAAAUUCAUUAAAUUCUUUAAAUAGUUCAGAAAAUUCAAAUAAUUUAAAUAACUCAGGUAAUAUAGGAAUAGAGAAUAUAGGCAAUUUAAAUAAUUCAAAUGACAAGAGUAAUUUAGAGAGUUUGAGCAAUUCUUAUAAUUUAAGUAGUACAAAUAAUGUAAAUAAUUCAAAUAUUGAAGAAGAAAGUAACCAAAAUAAUAAUUCAAAAGAUAUUAGUAAAAAUAUGAGUGAUUAUAUAGAUAAUAGUGAAAAUAACAGGGUAAAUGAAAACAACGAUAAUGAUACAAAAAAUGAAAAUAUUGAUAAUAAUACAUUAAAUGGAAACAUUUCUGAUAAUAAUGUAAUUGAAACUGAGAAAUGCUUAGCUACUCAUGAAAUAGCUCAUAAUGAACAAAUAGAUAAUAAAAAUAUAGUUGAAUGUAAUGAAAGCAAUGAAAAAUUAAAAACGAUUGACAAUGUAAAAGAAACUAAUAGUGUUUCUAACGAAAAUUUAUUUAACGAAAAUGUACUGUCAAAUGAUAAUAAUAAAAAUUAG